GAAGCUUUUGGUGAAACUAUUGGCUGGGAGUCUCAACGGUCCGGGGCUUCAUUUCAGUCUCACGAACACACUGAUUAUUAUUUCAUUAUUCCAGCACAACACUCAUUUCCUCAGACUACAGUCUUUAACCAGCUCGUCAUUGAAGCGGCUUUUAUUUUGACACGGCAGGUUGGACUGAGCGCUGCUUCUCUGUGCUUUAAUCCCGGAUCAGGAGAGUUUAUUUGGAAGAAGGAGGAUGGCCGAACCACCCCAGUCAUGUGACUGUUUUGUGUCUUUGCCACCCGGUUCUAAAUACGACCAUGUGAUCUUUGGUAAGAAUUCAGAUCGACCGAGGGACGAGGUGCAGGAAGUCGUUUACUUCCCCGCUGCCUCCCAUGGCCCCGGGGCCACAGUGGAGUGCACGUACAUCUCAAUCCCGCAAGCGGAGCACACAUAUGCGGUGGUGCUGAGCAGACCUGCCUGGCUGUGGGGUGCUGAGAUGGGAGCCAACGAGCAUGGUGUGUGUGUAGGAAACGAAGCCGUGUGGACUCGUGAACCUGUAAGUCCAGAGGAAGCGCUGCUUGGCAUGGACCUGGUUCGUUUGGCUCUGGAGCGCGGUGACAGUGCGUGGGCCGCUCUGCGUGUCAUCACGGAGCUGCUGGAGCUGCACCGUCAGGGUGGAGCGUGCAGAGAGGAUCCUGAACACUUCAGCUACCAGAAUACCUUCCUACUGGCCGACCGCCAAGAAGCCUGGGUCCUGGAGACUGCUGGGAAACUCUGGGCUGCUCAGAAAAUCACAGAGGGGGUAAAGAACAUCUCUAACCAGCUGACGAUAGGCACUGAGAUCUCUGCUGAGCACCCGGAGCUGCGCAGUAGUGCUCAAUCUCAGGGCUGGUGGAACGGAGAGGAUGAGUUUAGCUUCACGGCGGCUUUUAGCCCAGACAACCCUCCCGCUAGAAUGGAACUGGCCAAGCAGCGUUAUAAAGGAGGCACUGCGCUGCUUCAAGGACAUGAUGGCUCUGUAACAGCUGAGGUGAUGAUGAGCAUCCUGAGGGACAAGCCCAGCGGGAUCUGCAUGGAUUCGGCAGGUUUCCGCACCACAGGCAGCAUGGUCUCCAUCCUCCCACGAGAUCCCGGCAUGCCUUGCGUUCACUUCUUCACUGCCACUCCGGAUCCCUCCAGGUCUGUCUUCAAGCCAUUCAUCUUCACGGAGAGUGUCCGCCCUGUUACUAUGGUGAUGUCUCCCCAAUAUGGCUCAGAAGAUCCUGUGAAGACUCAGCCUCGAUUCCAGCAUCAGGUGGACAGGAAGCAUGAGCUUUACCGAGCUCACCAGGCUGCCAUGGAGGGGAAUCCGGAUGCCCGAGGAUCUCUACAGGAGACUAUGUGCUAUUUAGAGUCACAGUGUCUGCAGGAGAUUGAAGCCAUGCUUAGGGGCGAGGUGGAGGGCCAGGAGCUCGGCGAUUUGUUCUUCGACUGCGUGGACACAGAGAUCAAGUUCUACCAGUGAGACCAAGCAGUUGUCUUGUGAUUGUCGCUAGUGCUUGCUGAUCUGCUCCUGAGUGGGACGGGACGAACCGGGCCUGGCCUGUCUGCUCCGAUCCACCUCUCUUAGCCUCCCCUGAUGCAACGCAACACAUCGUGAUGUCCAUUAACUUGCCUCACUAAGUGUAACUGUACAAAACAGGUACUAGAUGUUCAUGCGCCAUAAUCAUGUGUAAAUGUCGCGACAGGCGGUCAUAUGCGCACCACAUUAAUGAGUAAGCGAUAGAUUACUAAAGUGCGUGUGUGUAGAUAAUAGAGGAUGUAAGAAAAUUGUAGCAGAGACAUACUCUGGUCAUUCCUGUGUACGUUCAUGAGGAUUCGGUUACCUGGCCGGUCCUCAGAGCAGAAUGUGAAUAAAGGUGACUACUUUA